AAGACACACACACACACACAUAUUCAUUCAUUCAUAUAUACACAACCAUAUUCUCUCUAUGUUCUUCUUCUCAUAAGGCUCAUCAUCAUCACCACCAAAACUCUCAGCCUCUCUUUCCCACAUUUUUCCCAUAUAUAUAGUACUAUACAUUAUUCCAUAACACUUUUUUUUGGGUUUUGAGAAUGAAUAGUAAUACUGAGAAUAAUGUUAGGUUUGAAAUAAUAGUAGUGUUUUUGAGUGUGUUUGCUGUAGUGAUGAGUGGUGUGAGAGGAGCUCCACAAGUGCCUUGCUACUUCAUAUUUGGAGACUCUUUGGUGGACAAUGGGAAUAAUAAUCAGCUUCAGUCCUUGGCUAGGGCUAAUUAUCUGCCUUAUGGCAUUGAUUUCCCUAAUGGUCCUUCUGGUAGAUUCUCCAAUGGCAAAACUACCGUUGAUGUUGUUGCUGAGCUAUUGGGUUUUGAUGAUUAUAUUCCACCAUAUGCAACCGCUCGUGGGCAACAAAUCCUUGGAGGAGUCAAUUUUGCAUCUGCUGCUGCUGGAAUUAGAGAAGAAACUGGUCGUCAAUUGGGUGGUCGGAUCAGCUUCAGUGGACAAGUAGAGAACUACAGAAACACAGUAUCACAAGUGGUGGAUUUACUAGGAGAUGAGAACACAGCUGCUGAUUACUUGAGCAGAUGCAUAUACUCGAUCGGCUUAGGCAGCAACGAUUACCUGAACAACUAUUUCAUGCCUCAAUUCUACGACACUGGUAACCGUUACACCCCUGACCAAUAUGCCAAUGUUCUCAUUCAAGACUAUGUUGAAAACCUCAAGACCUUGUACAACUAUGGAGCUAGGAGGUUUGCUCUCUUCGGAAUCGGUCAAAUCGGGUGUAGCCCUAACGAGUUGGCUCAGAACAGCCAAGAUGGUAAGACUUGUGUCGAGAAGAUCAACUCGGCGAAUCGGAUCUUUAACUCGAGGUUGAAGGGGACUGUGGACCAGUUGAACAGCCAGUUCACUGAUGCAAGGUUCAUCUACAUUGAUUCUUAUGGCAUUUUCCAGGAUAUUAUUCAAAGUCCUUCCUCUUAUGGAUUUAGGGUUACAAAUGCUGGGUGCUGUGGAGUAGGGAGGAACAAUGGGCAAAUUACAUGUCUACCCUUGCAAACUCCAUGCCAGAACAGGGAUGAGUACUUGUUCUGGGAUGCAUUCCACCCAACUGAGGCUGGCAAUGUUGUUGUGGGAAGAAGAUCUUACAGUGCUCAACGUGCAUCUGAUGCCUACCCAAUCGACAUUCGAAGGCUAGCUCAGCUCUAAUAUAUAUAUAUAUGGUCAUAUAUAUUAUGAUCAAUAUUGAUGAGUUCUAGUGCUACUAAUAUAUACAUUAAUUAUGUUUGUUGUUCUAGCUCAAAUUUGUUGCAAUUAUAUAUAUAUAUAUAUAAAUUGGCCUUAAUAAUUCAAAGGUUAUAGUAGUUUUGUUUCUGUUAUAUCUGUAGCUGGUUUGGUUGUAUCUUAUUUCAAUUUAGUCCUUCAUAUCCAAAAGUUGGUUUGUGGGAAAAAAACAAAUUUGGGUACAGCAAUGGGUUUGUAAUGUGUUUAUCAAUAUGAAUUAUUGUUUGAUAUACAGUGUAUGUACGUACCAGCUGUCUCUUCAAUAAUAAUAAUAAUAUCAGUGAUAUUUUUGUAA